AGUUGCAAACUAUUGUAAGAAACAUUUCCGUGAAAGAACCGCCAUCUAUGUGCUUUUGAACGUAAAAAAUGACAACUGGACGAGAUUAAAGAUAUCCACUCGUACUGACUUGUAUUGUACAAGUAUAACUGCAAAUCUUGUUUUUUUGAUAAAAUGAUGCCUUAUAUAUGUGUAUGUUCUGUUUUUCAGUAUGAAUAAAUACGAUAUUGAUAUAGUUAUUGCGAACCAAGCUGAAAUGGAAUUAUUUUUAGAAGAUAUAUCACAUUUACUUGUUUUUAAUCAAAUAGUGAAUUACAAUUGGGAAAAAUUAUUGCGACGAAAAUCUUUGGAACGUUUUUUAAAACGAACACAGCAAAAUAAAACCAAUAUUAUUUUAAUACAAAAUCAAAUUUCACCGAAACGUUCAACACUAUUAGAUUUUCAUUCAAACGAUACUGCCGAACAAAUGACAUUAUUAGAUUCGGAAUUAUUUCUAAAAAUAUCAAUACCAGAAAUAUUGUAUAUGUCAAUUGCAAAAGGAGAAGACUAUUGUCCAAAUUUAUCCUAUUUCACUGAACAUGUCAACAAAAUGUCUUAUUGGGUUCGAUUACGAAUAUUAGAACAAGAUUCACAGAGACAGCGUAAAAUUACUUUGAAAAGUUUUUCAAAAUUUUAA